CAGCCUUUUUUGAUCUCAUUUAGAUGUGAUUACAAUUUCUUGAAUUUUAAGGGUCGAUGUUCAUUAUAUUUUGCAGUUGGUUUCGAUUGUUAGUCAUUUAAAUAUAAAUUGAAAGUUGGUGGAUUAAAUUAUUCAGUUAAUUAUGUGAUAAUUUUGUUCGAAUAAUGAAAUCGGAAUAGUAUGCAAAUAUAUACUCAGUUUUAAAAAAUGUGUUGUGAAGAAAUACAAUGGAAUGAUAUCUAAAAAAAUUAAGGUAAUUGAAGGUGGUUAAAAUUUUCACCUUGCUCAGUAAAUGCAAUAUGGAGUCAGAAGAGUCAAGACCAGGUUGUUCGGAAAGCAAUUCCUCUACGAAUUCGUAUAAUUCUCAAAUACCAGUGACCAUGCAAUUAAAUUUAAAUGAUGACAUAAAUUCUGUCAAAGAAAAUCAGAAAGGCUGCAAUAUUACAGAAAUUGAAGAUCAAGUAAAUAUGCAUAGGCUCUUAUCACCAAAUUAUCUAAAUUCACCAGUAGCCGACUCAAUAAAAAAUUUUGAAAAUGCUUUAUCGUCCGAAAAUGACAACCAAUUAAACACUUGUAACAAUGAACUUUGUUUACCACAAAACCAAACAAAGUCAUCAACUGCUUACUUACAUAGUUCUAUAAAUACAUUUGCGUUUUUAAAACGGGGUCGCAAACUUGAAAAUCAAGAUAUUAAAGGUGAUGUAUAUAUAAAUCAUGAGGACCUAAGUGAUGUGAGCGAUACGGAAAACGAUAAAAAAGACUCGGUGUUUAAUACUGAUGAAGACUUAACUCAUGUAGACAAUUCUCCAUCUAAAAUGACUACUGACCCCACUGAUGGAAUUAUGGUGGACUUACGUGAAAAACUCAGCAAAGAUAAAAAGCAAAAUCAAAUUCAAAAUUCUUAUAUAAACAAUAUAAUGAAUCAUCGAGACGUCGAAAACUUGAAUGGGAAAACGGGCAUAAAUGAAUCCUUAGAAGAUUUUGUAAAAUCUCAUGAUGAAGAUACUUUAGAUUUUGAAGCAGAAGAGGGCGAGUGUCAAGAACAUAAAGAUGGAACGUUUGUAGAUAUAACAGAGAAUUUGGACUCUUUAAAACCGAAUAAAACUCAUAAAAAAUUGACCGAGAAAAUUGUGAACCAAGAUGAAUUAGAAGAAGGUGAAGUAUCGGAUGAUGAAGAAAAACGGCCCGAAGAAGUUGAACCAAAACCGGUUUGCCGGUUUUACACACGAGGUCAAUGUACAUGGGGAAUGAGUUGUAGAUUUCUUCAUCCUGGCGUAACAGAUAAAGGCAAUUAUACAAUGUUUGAUUUAGUUCGUCCAAUUUCUUUACCACAAGCAAAUGUUGCUGCGGUCCGCAAUAAUUAUACACAUACAAAUGAUUAUACUGACUAUCGAUCAGAACGUGUUUCAACGCUCACACGUGCUAAUUUGCAUAAUAUAUCUGCAUUGUACUCUUCUCCCCAUGAUCCAAGAGCGCUUGCUUCUGAUGGACCAGUUGUUGUAGAAAGUGCAUGGGAACGUGGACUUAGAACAGCUAAGGAGAUGAUGCGUAAAGCUAGUAAACGUAAAGAACAAGAUACGGAUUUUGAAGAUAAAAAAAUGAAUUUAACACUCUCACCAGAUGACUUAGAAAAGGACCCUUAUUAUGCUAAAGAAAGGGGGUCUCCUGUAGAGGUUAUGAAAACUUAUAAUCGUCAUGGUAUCUAUAAUGAAGUUAGUGUAUACAAUUCAUUAGAACGUUUUAGUCGACCACCAAUAUCAUCAUUAGAUGAUAUUGAUACUUACGGUCGUACAUCACGUUAUAGAGAAUUGCCUCCACAUCGUAUGCCGCACUAUGAAGACGAAAGACGUGUUCGUCCUACCCGCGAAGUAAUAGUUCAGCGUGUGGAAUCUGUUACUCGUGCAGAUGAAUGGAAUGAUCCAUGGAUGCGAAAAAAAUCUCCAGGAGGCACAUCACGAGAUCGAAAUGACAAAAGACGCAGAGAACGUAGCUAUAGUACCAACUCGUCUUAUUCAAGUUCAACUAGUUCUCAAUCAGAAAGUAGCUCCGAUUCCAGUCGAUCAACAAGUCCUUUAAAGGAAAGAAGAUAUAAUAGUUUUCAAAAAUCACCAUCUUUGAAUCGAAGAUAUGGUGUACGAAAUAUACAUUCACCUAAUUCCGUAAGAAGAUCUAGGCGUUCUAUGAGCUUACAACAUUCUCCAACUGCCAGGCGAGGUCAUCAUAUAUCAUUAUCUCCAGCUCUAAUAAAAACAAAUGCACAUAGUCCCUCACACAAGCGAAAAAAAUCAUCACCUAUUGCAAAAAAAUACGUUAAUAUCAAAUCAAAAACUAAACGAAAAAAUACUGGUACAUCUUCUGGAACAGGUUCUUCUGACUCUAGUGGUUCUGAUUCAGAUUCAGAAUCUGGGUCAUCAUCUUCAGAUAGCUCUUCAUGCUCAGUAGAUCAAAGAUUAGUUAUAAAACAAAAAUUAACUAAAAAUAGAAAAUCUAUUAAAAAAGCAGUUCUCACAAAAAAAAGGUCUCCAAUUUCCAUUGAAAUAAAAAAGCAGAAUGCUGUUGGAACUUCAGCUUUAAUAUCGCCAACAAAUUCAAUAUCAUCAGAGAAGGGACUGAAAAAAUCACGUCGUGAAGAACUCCUGAAACAACUACGAGCUGUUGAAGAUGCGAUUGCAAAGAAAAGAUUAAAACUAACCUGAUUGAACAAGUAUAAAUUCAAUAAUAAACUACAUAGGACAGACUAAUUUGUUUUGUUAAAAAUAUACUUGUCAAUGGCAUUUA